CAUUGCGAAGGCUUGGCGAGAAGUCACAACAAAGACAGGCAGCGUCGUGUCGUUGUGCUCAGAGAACCGUGGGGUUUGAACAGCACCGAGGUGUCGGCCGUGGUCGCAGCGCGGAGUGCGGGGGAACAUCAGCGGCCGCUGCCAUGCUGGAGACUCCGGCCGCCUGUCCGUUUGAAGCCAUCCGGCAUGAAGACAUCCAAGUUGAAGUGGUUGUUGGCAGAGGCACAUUUGGAGUUGUGUUCAAGGCCAAAUGGAAAGGCAAGGACGUAGCAGUCAAGACUAUUGAGAGUGAGAAUGAAAAGAAUGCUUUCUUUGUCGAGCUCCGCCAGCUGUCCCGGGUUAACCACCCCAACAUUGUUAAGCUCUACGGCUCAUGUGACAAUCCAGUCUGUCUGGUCAUGGAGUAUGCAGAGGAUGGAUCUCUAUACAAUGUCCUGCAUGGUGCUGAGCCGCUGCCCCACUACACAGCAUCCCACGCCAUGAGCUGGUGUCUGCAGUGUGCCAAAGGUGUGGCCUAUCUGCAUGCCAUGAAGCCCAAGGCCCUCAUACACCGGGACCUCAAGCCACCCAAUCUGUUGCUUGUGUCGGGUGGCACAGUGCUGAAGAUCUGUGACUUUGGAACAGCUUGUGACAUCCAGACUCAUAUGACCAACACUAAGGGCAGUGCAGCCUGGAUGGCACCAGAGGUGUUUGAAGGCAGUAACUACAGUGAGAAGUGUGACGUGUUCAGCUGGGGCAUCAUCCUCUGGGAGGUCAUCACCCGCAAGAAACCCUUCGACGAGAUCGGGGGCUCAGCGUUCUGCAUCAUGUGGGCCGUCCACAGAGGCACUCGGCCGCCUCUGAUCAAAGAUCUCCCAGAGCCCAUAGAGGUCCUGAUGACCCGCUGCUGGGACAAAGAGCCCUGCCAGAGACCGUCCAUGGAGGAGGUGAAGAACACCAUGAGCAGUCUCAUGAAGUACUUCCCAGGAUCGGAUGAACCACUCCAGCUGUCACGUCAGUCCUCUGCCAACAGAAGUGGCUCUUCAUCAGCCGCAAGCACAGCAGGGUCAUUUACUGACACCAUCAGCGGUAACAGGAGUGACAACAACAUGGAACAGAGAAGCAACUCACCAGGCAGAGAGGAAACCCUGAAGAGCACCGAGGCCAAAUUGCCACUCCACUUCAAACCCUCAAAGACAGCAACAUUGCGAACAUGUUUGUACAGAGCAUCCAGUAUGGAUAGUUACCCGGGACGGUCCCAAAGCCCCGCCCAUUGCACCAGCACUGGCCAGUCAGAGCGUAAGAUGACCGUGAGUCCCCCAGCUGUCAAUGGCUCGGACAGCUCCAUUCCCAUGGCCUACCUGAAACUGGAUCACCAGUUACAGCCUCUGGCCCCUUGUCCAAACUCUAAAGAGUCCAUGUCUGUGUUUGAGCAACACUGCAGAAUGGCUCAAGAAUACCUGAAAGUCCAGAGUGAGAUUGCUAUUCUUGUCCAGAGGAGGAAGGACCUAAUGUGUGAGCUGGAGCAGGACCAGAGGGAGCAACAGAUGUCGUCCCGGCUCGUCCAGGAGCACAGCAAGCUGCUGGAGGACAACAGCAGCCUGUCCACCUACUGCCAAGACCUCAGGAGCAACCUGGGCCUCAUCAUGAGUCAGCACCAGCACCACAGCUAGGACACCAGCACUGGGACAAAGUGGACAUCCUGCAGUGAGGCAGUGAUUGUCACACACAUUGCCAGUCCCCAAUGUAUUAAUCCAGUUGCCCAGCCCUGGCUGGUCUUCACAGCCGAUGGACUGAUCCGCUGCCAGACGGACUAUGUGGUUAUAUGAUUCACAAGUUCAACUGAGGAACAGCAGCUAAAUUACUCAGUACCAACAGGAAGUGUCUGUUCGUGUUGCAUGCUUUGGCACUGGUUACAAUUUAACAGUUUUGAUUUGGGCAGAAAUUUCAGCAUCUAAAAUUGCAGUCAAGUAAAUGAUUGACAUCAAAAUUACUGUGGAAAGAUGUCCAAUUCAGAUGGGUCUCAGCUGUUGUCUGCUCAACAGGUGAAAUAAUUCCACAUCCACAGACCCAGGUGGACUGGGAUCUACUUAAGACACUUUGGACUGUUUGGUGCUGUUGAAUGUUUUCAGCUGUUUGACUCUGACUGUUGCAGUCUACUGAUGCCAGUCAGACUGAUUCUUUUCUUUGAACUGUACUGAUGUAUGUCGACGUAUCCACAGUUAUAUACACCCUCUGGAGGCAGUGACAUACAUACGAUUACUGUUUGCAGGAUAUAGGAAGCCAGUAUCGAACAUUCAUAAAAUUACAUAUGAAAUUCAACUAAUGUUGCACAUUAGUGAAGCAGGACUGUAAUCUGGAUUGUGAUUAGAUUGCACACUAUCAGGACCAAAGCGACUUCUCCUGGGCUAGUCUGUGAUGGAGGUCAGUGCUGCACUCUGUUGGUUUUUGUUACUCAUCGUAUCCUGAAGCCCUGCUGUUGUGUCUUGUGGAUGGGAUUAGUCUGAACAGUUGUUAAAAUGACUUGACCUUUUUAAAGAGGCAGAGAGGUGUACGUGUAAUUGUGACUUGCAAAUUAUUUUUAUAUCCUUCAGUUUUAAUCAUGCAUUUUAUUGUUUUAUGAAAAAGAAAAAAAGGCACAAACAUUAUUAUAGGCUUAAUCGUUUAAAAAGAUGAAUGCAUUUUACUGAGAUGAGUUUCACCAAAGGAGAUUUCCUUGAGAGACAUGUUGCCUUUCUGCCAAAAAGAAAAGCAUAGAUGCAAGUGUUUGUUUGAAAGGGUAAGGCCCAUGAAAUCAUAAGCUUAUGGGACUUUUAUUUUAUUUUGUUGCUACCUUUAACAUAGAAAUGUCAUAACAUGCAUAACAUGUCCUCAAUUAACACCAUUCACUGCACUUAAUAUUGGGCUGUGAAAAUGCAGCAGAUACAAUGUACAUUGUUCAUAAUAUCGUGUUUGCACCUUUAUUUUUCAACGGGGGAAAAAAAAACUUUGUUCUACUUUCACAGUGGGGAUUGUCUGGUAUGGGACUGUUGAUUCUCUGUUUUUGUUCACCAGUUGCCUUAGGAUUUCUCAUGUAUGGUUCAUUGAAAUGAUUACUAUUUUCAUCUGUUAAUUUUUCAGAAUUCAGUUAUUUUGACUGCGGCCCAUGAUGAAAAAUCACAGAAAUUUUUCUGUGAGGUUUAAAUAAAAACAGACAGCAGU